CUCUCUUUCACAAGCGGAGUUUCCAGUUCCUAGUAAUUUCCAUGCAGAACUACGUAGAGAGACUGGGUGGCCUUAUACGUAUUAUAGGUGGAGCAACUAGAAAGCAGUUUUGCGUUUUAGGAGGGGCUUGAAAAGGGAAAAGAGAAUAACCGCAACAAGCAUAAAGAAAAUAAAUGCGCACACAAAGUAGAAGGGGAUGGCGGCAGUCCCUCCCACCUCUAAUAAGGCAGCGAAAUGGUUAAUAAAAAGCGAGCGAAGACGGACUAAGUAAUAGAACCGUGACACAGCCUACUGAGAGUCCGCCUGACAGUCGAGAGAGAGAAGGAGACAGUGAAAAAGAGAGAGACGGAGCAACCAACCGAGUAUCCACGUAUGGCUCUGUGGAGAUAGCACAACUUCUGAGUAACAUCGCAAAACCCCAGCGCGAAGAAAGCAGGCAGAGGGCUGGGGAAAGCCACAUAAGGAAGAUGCUCGCUCUCCCACCGCAUGUAUUCUGCACACGGAAACCUCCACGCUCCGGACUAGAAGCGCUAAAGUUAAAGGGACGGUUGCAAAGAAGCCGUUGCUCGUGCUUUGAUUGGAUUUCUGCUGGCUACAAGGAACCAGUCUUUCACGGGGAGCGAGUCGCUUCUGUUAUUAUUUAUCUACAAAAAACGUGUUUCGACUAGGAGGACUCCGCGUUACGAAUUCUGUAACUUCGAGUCGCCAGGAGAGUUCAUUGGAACAAAUCUUCCAUAUGAAUUUAGCGUGCCGUGGAAAGAGAGAGAGACGUCCUGCUGUUUGUUUGGGAAGAAGGUUUCGUGCAGAGAUUUGAAAUACGAGAGCUCCUUUUAUGGUUGGAUUUUAACAAUACGGAGAAAAAUAUUGCAUUAUUUCCAUUUUAUUCAGCUGUGAUCUGAAACAGAUAAAACAGUGUUGUCGGACUUAAAAAAUAAUUUAUUGAACGAAAAGGGGAAAAUAUCAGUCUAUUACUAUCGAGUAAUAGGAAAGAGAAGAAAACUUCCAACUAUUGCUUUUUAAAAUGUUUAUUCAUUAGAGUACCUCUGAUUGUUAUUCAAGAGGGCUGAGUGGAUUGUACAACCUAGGUGGAAAAUGCAUUUUUUAUCAAAGGGUUACCUCACUAAAUUUGUGCCUGCCUUUUUAGAGAGGUUGAGUCGAAGUUGUUUCACAGAGUGCUUUAACUUUGCCAAUAGAGUCGAUGUCACGAAUAUCAGGGUUUUAUUAUAUACUAAUUUUAAGCAUCCCCAAUGUUGUAAACUGGUAUCAUUGAAGGUGGCAAGAUACUAAAGUAAAUUUGCAAAUGCUCUCCUGAUGCAUGUAUUAAAUAAUAAUGAUAGAUCCUCCUUUUUGAAAGAGAAACCUGUAAAACACUGGAACCUCUCUGUCAGCUAAAGUGAAUAACAGUUUAAACUAAACUAAUCCUGUUUACAUACGGGAGCAGCGCCGUCAUGCGAUGAAAGUUUUUUUUUUUUUUUACACUUGAACCAUUCAUUUAGAAAUUGCUGUGAAAAAAAGACAUUACGCUCUACAAUAAAGUGGACUUGUGCACCUGCAGUAGAGAAUAAUUAAACCUUAAAUGUUAUCGUUUGUUUUGAAAUGUAAAGAUAUUCUUACAAAUUAUUUUGAUAUUACUUAAUUUCUGACUUUUUAACUCUAUAGAAGUAAAAAAAAAUAACGAGCCAUUCUAAUAGGUUCAUUCUGCUUAUUUGGCCGCGAUCUGCGAAAGACAAAGAUUCCUUCAAGUUACUGGCCGAAUUGACGAAGUUACCUCACCUCUUUGGAACAGUUCCCUUAUUUCCUGGCAGCGUCUCUUCAUUUCUCGGUAAAAGACAACCCAGCCCUUCUCUUUUCACUUAAGAUGUGCCUUUGCUACUUUUCACUUUAGAUCGUGUCGCCACCCUCCCACCCCCGCAAGGCGGGCACCUGGAAACAUAAAAAGUUUGCAUGAAGCAGUGGGGGCAGCUGAUCGCAAUGGGGAUCAAGCAAACCAAAGGCAAUGGCCAUUCGAGCCCAGAAGCGGGAGUAAGUCCCCAGCACGCGCUUGGUGGUUGGAAAAGGACUCCUACGAAAGAGCGAGGUGACAUCUUUACUUCUCUUGUACUCAAAUCUGGGGAUAAGUUUGGGAAAGGAGGCACUCCGCCUCCGUACCAGAGACGUAUCGGUAUGAUCCAGGAAAUGUUGAGUCUGGCCAAGCAGGGCAAACAAGACGAAGCUACUGAGCUGUUGAAGAAUCUAAGACAGGAUUUGGGGAUGGAGUCAACAUCUCUUGAUGAUGUCUUGUACCGAUAUGCAAGUUUUAGAAACUUAGUGGAUCCCAUUACACAUGAUCUUAUUAUCAGCUUGGCUCGAUACAUCCACUGUCCUAAAACAGAGGGGGAUUCAUUAGGUGCCAUGGAAAAAGUAUGCCGACAGCUUACUUACCAUCUAAGUCCACACUCACAGUGGAGGCGUCAGGGGUUAAUGAAACGAAAGCCACAGGCCUGCUUGAAGGCCAUAUUCUCCUCCUCUCCCUCAAAUAAUACAGUGGACCUGUCUGGCAUCCCACUGACUGUGAAGGACAUGGACCGUCUAAUCUUGUAUCUCAAUCAAAAUUCUGAGAGGGUAACAAAUGUGGAGCUAUGUUUCACAGAGCUCACAGACGAUGCUUUCUUGCAGCUCCUUCCAACUCUCAGUACCCUUCCAUUACUCAACACUCUCUCACUGAAUGGAAAUCGACUUACCAAGGUCAUAUUGCGUGAUCUGACAGACACUCUUAAAGACCCUGAGAAGUUCCCUAGUGUCACGUGGAUUGAUCUUGGCAACAAUGUGGACAUCUUUUCCCUUCCACAGCCUUUCCUGGUGAGUCUAAGGAAGCGGUGCCCUAAACAGGGUAACCUUCCAACCAUUUUGGAGUUUGGAGAGAGCCAGGUGAGUGACCUGGAGAGCCAUGAUGGUAACCUCUCAGAAAGCCUUGAAGACCUUGUCUCAGAGGAAGAUGACCCAAGGGAGAGCACAUUUUCUUCAUUUCCUGUCCACACACUUGUCGAGACAAAUCCAGUUAAGCCAAUCAACAUAGAAAUGCCUGAGCAGUUAAAUGCUGUCAACCAGACCUGAGAAAUGCCAUCAUUCUUUGUUGGAUUUGCCUGAUGUCCAGGUUUUCCAUUUGCUGAAAACUACUUUAUGUGGGAAAAUCAAAGAAAGUGCUCUGAACAAGUGAUUUUUCGUCACUCCUUGACCUUUGUCUGGUUGUUCUCUGGUCCUUAGUUUAAGCAUUACUGCUGUGCUAAAUAACAGGGAUGAUUCAAGGAAAAAAAUAACAAAACCAAUAUCACAAAAUUAUGUUAAGGAAGGCAUUUAUACAACAUAUGACUAACAAAAUAUGUUUUGCUAUUUACAAUGAUAAUAAUGCACCUUAUCUGAUACUGCCGCAUAUUAAAGGUAUUUGACCAGUAUACUGUAUGAAUGAGGAGCUUUCCGCUCUAUAUUGUGGAGCCAUAGUUGCUUCAGUUGUGCUUAGUAUUCUCACAGCAAUCCAGCCUAUGUGUUUUGAUAAACACAGACAGCAGACUGCUAAUGCAGUGGACAAUUACCAUUCAGUCCAGUGUUAGCCCAAAAAGAGGCCAUUAAUGUAAUGCAACUGCAUGUGUAAUGCUUCAUUAUACAAGUGCUUGGUAAACAGCUAGAAAUUUACAAUCAAUGGGUGACAUUACAUGUGGCAUGUUCAGCUGUAAUUAGGAUUCAGUUGCCAUGCACUUACAUAUCACAACAACCUGUACUUGUUAUCAUUGUUUGGACGUAUAGAUUUUUUUCAGCCUUUUUAAUAAAAAAGGCUUUUUCAAUUAAAUACAUGCCUAUAUAAAGUAUGAUGCAUAUUUAAAGACUAUAAUUAAAAAGAAAAGUGCAUAUCUCAUUUUUAGUACUGUCAACAUUCUUUUAAUAUUCAAUUUGCAGUAACUAAUUAACAAUUAUUGGGCUGACCAGAUAUUGUUUAAUGUGCUUCUAAAAUAAAAACACAACUUUCCUUAGUGAGGUGUUUUGAUUUAAAUAUACAUACAAAUGUUAGUGGCAGUGUAGCACUGCUGAAACAAGCACCUGAAUGAUAGACAAUCUAACAAGCGCAAACAUAAAGUUCAAAGUCACAGUUCAUUAAAGAAAGAAUAGCCAACCUACCCCCCUCACCCAAACCCUUAAAAUAUAGCUUUAGCUGUACAGAACCAGGUGUACCUAUUUUAUCUCUAAUUGCUUUAAAUAUUUAUUACAUUUUUUUUCUGUAAUAAAUAUGGACCUUCCUGGGAGCUGCAAUUCUGGCAAUUCCCCUGUACACUUAAUUUUAGUGUUCCCAUAACAACCGAUGGCAACAUGAAUUUCAAUUUGCAAAGAUCCCGAAACACAGCGUCACCCAACAGCUGUCUUUGCAUUGUUCAUAAAUAGACUCACAUGUAUACUUACAGUAUGUACUCGUAGCAAGCAAACUAUUUUGCACCCCUAUACUGUGAUGGGUAAAUGGCUAUAGCUUAGCAUUCACAGAACACUGAGAGGGUAUGAGCUGAAUUUGCACUUAUGGUGCUUUACUAUUUACAUUGUGAACAUCAAUGUUUUGUUUGUUUUA